AAUGAAUAAAAUAAUUUUUGAUAACUUCAAAUUCGAUAUUUUCUAUAAAACCCCUUAUUCCUGACACAGCUAAGGAAUACAAAUUCAACAUUCUGUAAGUUUCACUUCAUAAUAGACUCAUAAACAACUAUUAGCAUUAGUCUUAUCGUAUAUUAUAGAAAAGGUUAUUUUUAAUUCGUACCACACGAUGCUACGGCGUAGCAGGUGAUACUACGGUGUAGUAAAAUCUGACGAAAUAGACUGUAGUUUAGACUUGUUUACACUUGUUUGCCAUCACGAGCAUUACCAAAGCCUUGUUCCAAAGUUUCCUCACAAACCAAAAAGAAAACGAAAUCUAAUUCUAUAGACAAGACAGUGGACGCACUUACACCCCUGUUUCACCAUAAUUUCCGAGAAUAUAGCGCCCGUAUGAAGCCGGGGUGUAUUGUUAGUACGUAGGGAAGCGUGGGAAAGUAGAUAAGGUGUAGACCAAGUCUUAUAUAUUGUGGUACCUAUUUGUUAAACAAUGAUCGAUUUGGUAGUUUCUUGGAAACAGAAGCGAUAAUUGUUGUAUGUAUACCUGACUAGACAUUCCAACGUGAUAACGACAUCGGUAUCCGCUCACAAUGUCAUUUUCGCAAAAUGAUAUCCAAUUACAAAAUAUCAGGCGACGCAUUGGGUAAUUUUUGUGACUUAUCCAAGGCGUUCGACUGUGUGUCCCUCAUGAUACACUGAUCAGGAAGCUAUCCCAUUAUGGAAUACGAGGCAACUCUCUGGACCUACUUAUCUCAUACUCUGAUAGGAUUCAGAGAGUCGAAAUUAACGGAAAAAUUUCCGCCGGGUCUAUUGUUAAGGUGGGUGUUCCGCAGGGGUCAAAUCUCGGCCCAUUUUUAUUUCUUAUUUAUAUUAUAGUGAUUCACCUUAUCUUGUAAGAGGUAACCAUGGAAUUGUACUGUUUGCUGAUAAUACCUCUUUACCAUUUAAACCCAAACGUAGAAAAUGAGUCAGUUGUCAUGUAAAUAGUGCUCUCCCGAAAUUAGUACACUGACACAUGCGUGCUGCCAUCUGAAUAGGUGCGGUCAUACAGUUGUUGUAUUUCCUCUAAAGACCACUACAGAAUCCGUUUGCACGGUUUUCGGUCACGGUUUAUUUGAACGUCUGAGUUAGUUUUGGCCAGUCUCAUCUAGUUAUUUAAGAGAUUGACGUGAAAAAGUGUCAUCUUGUAACCUAUUUGCAAAAAAAUAAAUAUCUAUAGAAUUAGAUUUCGUUUUCUGUCUAUUUUGUAAGGAAACUUUUGAACAUUACUCACGUAAAUAUACUGAGUAAAGCUCUACUAGUUUCGAAUCUAAGAUAAGCAGCGUGCGCAUACGCGGUAACGUCGCGCAGCCUACGUGACGUCGCGUCAGUAGGCUUAGUCUUUAGGUUACGAUAGCCGACCUUAUCGCUUACCUAACGCGUUCUCUUCCAGGAAACGUUUGAGCAUUAUAAAAUACCACGCUUGCUUUAGGCGGAUUAGCAAUUUCAAACUUAUAUUAUAUUGGAAAUAAUAAUUCAACACUGGACGUUAUUAAUGCUUUGACGGCAGAAAUUGUAGAACAGUAGAUUUAGGUAAAAGGUACAUAAAUGUAUUACGAAAUUUAUCGAUCCCGAAAAAGCAUUUGAUCCUAGCGAACUGGCUAACCUCCUCUAACCUUAAUUUAAUCUUGGAAUACCACAUUGACUAUUUCUUUGAAUGUCUGUUCCAUUGAGUUCCAUUUAACAAUUCGUUAAAAUAUGUCCUUUACAAUUGAGUGGUCACACCUGUCGAUCUAUAUGGAUUCGGGUGCUGGGCCAUGAGAAAGGCGGGUGAAAGAAGUUUGCCUACAGCAGAGAUGAGGAUGCUGCGAUGGAUAUGUGGCGUGAUGGGACUAGACAAUAUAAUACACGGCUAUGUAAAUGAAACUUAAGAGCAGCGCUCUCUCGUCUCUCUAAAUAUGGGAAUCUGUACAUCCCAACAUACAUUCUGUCUGUAUAUGGAACUGAAGGCUUCAAAAAGCUUCUGAGCAUUUUAUUGCAUUAAUGAACGAAAACCAAUUUAAUCUUGUUUUCAUCAUACCUUAUUCUACUGGUCAAUUUAUUUGUAAUAACUUCUUUAACAAUAUAAGUCAGAAAGAGAUAGCCACAUAUGACUACACAGCAAUUGAUGCGUUAGAUAAGGACAAAAUAUACAAUAGUGAAAAAGUGAGAUAGCAAAACACAAAAGGUGUGCGUUAGAGAGAGACAGCGUAUCACUUCUCCCCACCACGUAUUGUAUGUUGUUAACACAAUACAAGUUGUAGGCUAGCAGUUCACCCGUCACUUCGCCAGUUGCUCUUGUGACAUCGCACUGUAUAGUCGUGUACCGAGUGUGCAUCAGUAUUGAAAUUAAUUUUGUAAUCAUUUAAUAAACAUGGUUGUCGAGAGUUUUAGCUGGAGUGAAGAAGUGGAGUCGGCCGAUCCCAUGAUAAUGGAAGAACAACGGGAGACUAGGAGAGACUCCGUCAACUCCAUCGAGCCCGAGGUAAAGACUCCACAAACACCGGAGACUAAAUCCUCGGUGGACGAGGAAGACGGAGCUUUAAAGGACUUGCUCCGGGUCGAUGAACAAUAUUAUCCCUUAUUGGCCUUGUUGGAACAAUUUUCCCCUGAAGACGACGGCAUCCAAUUCAACAUAAAGUUGAAACAGUUUGAGACUACAAUGUCAUCCAUGUGUCCGGACGACUCGCGUGUGCAACAAGCAUUCGCGACGUUCCGCGCGGCGGCCCUGCGGUGCCCGGUGAUGGCGCGUAAGCUGGCCGCAGUGGGUGUUUCGUUCACUCGCCAGCAGAACAAGCCACUGCUUCGUAGAACCCUCCUUAAUGUCGUCAUGCAGGACACUUUCUCCAAACUGGACGUGCUACAGCGCUCAAAUCCGCUGUUCCUCGUCAACGCUGCGAAUCUGAUGGGGGAUUACUUCGCCAACGCUCGCCUCAGUAACGGCGACAAGCUUCACUUUCUAGCUGAGCCACUACUGCAAUACUUGCGUGCUUUACUCGCCGCCCAUGAUACACGUGCACAUCACAGUCUCGCUGCACAAUUAAUGCAAAACGGUCGCGAGCUACUCUCCGUAGUAGCUCAAGAGAUGGACGAGCUCUCGGUCUCGAUCCGUCUCCGUCUGCUCUCGCCCCCACCAGUCAGCACAACGUGGCUACUACUCUCCGCAGACCUUUGCCUCAACAAGUUUCUUCCCCUACCGACUACGCUGCAACAGUUUUACACCGCUCAUCUGGUAACAACCACGGAAGAAAAUGUCAGUGAAGCCAGCUAUAGAUGUUGGAAGAAAAGCCCCGAGAAGAACGAGAAUAAACCAGAUGCUGCGGCGCUUGCAGAAGAAGUCAGUCAAAGUAUAUCUCAGAUUAGUCUGCGUAAUAAUGAGGACACGAAGCCUAAGAAAGAACCAAUCUCAGUUAGCCAAGAUACAUGGACAGGUGAUGAUACCUUAAGGAAAAGAUACGACCUUAACUCUUGGCGGCAAACAGAAGAGACGAGAAUAAAGGCUAAUGACUGCCAACAAGGGGGGGAUAUCUUCCAAAGUCACCCCGAAAGAAAUGUGUCUCAGGCCCCAGAAAAGCCAAAAUUAGGCGUUGGAGCUAGGUUAUUGAGACUUAGAGCCCUCUCAAAGGAAUCAAUCUCAGUCAGCGAAGACACAUGGUCAGGACCCGACUCCCGCCCGCCGCACAUAAGUAUGAGAUCACGAAAGGGGAGGAUUAAUGGAAAGAAAGACGGAACAACAGCCAAGGCGACCCCAAGACGCCAUGUCGCCGAAGUACCGCGCAGCGCCAAAUACUGGGGCCACGACGACCGAUGCGUCAAACAUUAUAGUUAGUAGGAAUGUCUUGUAUGUAUGUAUGUAAAUAAUUAUUAAUUUAGGGAAUUGUACAAAUGAAAUUGUU